AUGUCUCGCUUCUCGGCCACCAAAGCCGCCCUGCUCUUCGCUCUCAUCAGCGUGACCACCGCGAGUUUGACCGGGAUGAUACUGAAUCCACUCAUCGCCGGAACAGAAGGAGCGUUGAAGUGGCAGCCAGUCCUUGACUGGGACAAGGACACUUCGGCCAUCGACUCCAACGGUCUUGCUCAAAAGCUAUUGAACACGAACUGGGAGAGUGCCCACAUGGACCUGCCUGAUGGCCGAUUCCAGGAAAAGUUGGAGAUAUACAUGCCGAAGCAGGCCAGAGCGGACGGCUUCACUGCGCGCGACUAG